CUUCACUCAGUGUUAUAGUCCUAAGUGUUGUGGCCAGGACCAGUGGUAACCAUGACAGCUGCAGAGCCACCUAAUGGAGUGUGGCACAGAAACGUCAAGGCCCAUACAUCAGAUGAGAUCUCUAGUCAUGUUGGUAGUCAUAAUAACGCACAGGAAGAAGAUCUGAAACAGUGGCAGAAACAUGCACAGAGAGCGAAGGUGAAGAUCAUGGAGCAGGUCCAGGAUCAGCUCAAUGAUAUUCUAGACAACGCUCUGACUUUCACCCAAAUCCAGCCAACAGUUAAUGGAAAGUCGACAAAAAAACCUUCAUCUAGAUCUCAAAGGAUGGAUGAUGGAAAAGUAUUUAUGGACAGGGCAUCACUGCUGGAUGAACUGUUUGAGAUCAGCCACAUCAGGACUAUCUACCACAUGUUCAUCGCCGUACUCCUCAUCUUCUGCCUGAGCACGCUGGCUGUCGAUUACAUUGACCAGGGCAGGUUGGUCUUGGAGUUUGACCUGCUCUUCUUCGCCUUUGGGAAACUGGGGACAGUCACCUGGGUGUGGAUGCUUAUGUUUGCCUACACCCUGCUGGUUCCCUACUACACUCUGGUGUUUUGGGGGCCUUUGUACCACAGCUUCCCUUCCAAGUUGGGGCUGUCCCUGGGGACAGGUCUAGUGCUGUCUGCCAUACAGACUUGCGUGCUGGGAUUGUUCCCCAUCUAUGUGGUCGUACACCACCAGCUGCCGCCAGCCUCACGGUUUAUUGUUAUAUUGGAGCAGAUUCGAUUCCUGAUGAAGAGCUACUCAUUCAUAAGAGAAACUGCCCCUGUUAUUAUGAAGAAUACACCAAAGGAAGGAGAAAAUCCCAGGUUCCCAACAUUCUCCAGUUAUCUCUAUUUCCUUUUCUGUCCAACUCUUAUCUACAGGGAAUCAUAUCCCCGGAAUACCCACAUAAGAUGGAAGUAUGUUGGUGUUACUCUUGGCAAGAUCUUGGGCUGCCUGUUUUAUGGCUACUUCAUCCUGGUGCGCCUUUGUGUGCCCCUCUUCAAAUCUGAGACCAACCAGCCUUUUAGUAAACGGACUAUGGUUCUAGCUGUGUUCAACUCAAUAUUACCAGGUAUAAUGCUCCUUCUGUUGUGUUUCUUUGCCUUCCUGCACUGCUGGCUCAACCUCUUUGGGGAGCUGCUGCGUUUUGCUGACAGGAUGUUCUACAAGGACUGGUGGAACUCUACAUCUUUUGCAAACUAUUAUCGUACCUGGAACGUGGUGGUUCAUGACUGGCUUUAUUACUACGGAUACAGAGACUUCCUCUGGCUGUCGAAAAGGAAAUUCCGAACAGCUGCCAUGCUCUCGGUGUUCAUCGUCUCUGCUGUCGUCCAUGAGUACGCCUUGGCCAUGGGCUUCGGCUUCUUCUAUCCCGUCAUGUUUGUCCUCUUUGCAAUCUUUGGAGUGGUGUUCAACUUUACCAUGAACGACAAGCGGCAGAGCCCCGUGUUCAACGUCAUCAUGUGGGCGUGUCUCUUCCUCGGUCAAGGUGUCCAGGUGUGUCUGUACUGCCAGGAGUGGUACGCGCAGAUACAAUGUCCUCGGACAGGGAAUAGUUUCUGGGAGCUGGUGACGCCUCGUUCCUGGUCGUGCAGCAACCAGAGAUGAAGCUGCUGAAAGCUGAAUUUUUUUCCUGGGCUGGAAGCAUGAAUGAAGAAGGGAUGGAGGAAUGCAAAUAAAUGGAGUCACAAUGAACUAAACAUGAUGGAUAGGACAUCGUGAAAGACAUGUAAAUAUAUAAUGUUUUCUAUUUUCAGUGUGUAAAGAAGCUUUGGGUCAAGAUUGUCUGACUGUCACUUUUAGCUUUAUGUUGUUAUUUAGGUGUGAUGUUAUAUUUGCGUCACUAAAUUGAUCACCACUGGUUUUCAUUUGUACUGAUAGUAUUGACUAGUUUUUAAUAAAUCAGGCUGUGUGGACAGUUUA